CUCUCUCCUCUUCAUGUCGCUAUCCAGGACCGUCUUAAGAUCGCCCAUGUUUUUGCGCCCGUAUCUUGGUAGAGCAAUGGCUACCCACGCACCACUUCGCGGUCGCUCCGCCAUCCUACAGAAGAACCCGGAGGACGUCGUAAUUACCUUCGCAAAGCGCACGGCUAUGGGUCGGGCAAAGAAAGGACAAUUCAAGGAUACCCCCGUUGACGAGAUAUUGCACGCUCUGCUCAAGGCAACAUUGCAGAAGACUGGACUGGACCCGGCUAAGAUUGAUGACAUCUGCGUUGGAACCUGCCAUCCACCUUCUCCACUAUAUGUCUCGCGCGCGGCGGCGCUCGCUGCUGGUAUUCCGGAUCAUGUACCCGUUUCUACGGUCAAUCGCCUGUGCUCGUCAGGACUCAUGGCGAUCAGAAACAUAGCACAUGACAUUCAAACCGGUGAGAUAUCCCUUGGUCUUGCUAUUGGAAUGGAGAGCAUGUCUUUGAAUCCUCGACCGACGCCUUCGGUUUCGGACGCGGUCGCCGGCAACGCUCAAUCCCAUGAUUGCGUACAGCCAAUGGGGUGGACUUCUGAAAUGGUCGCUCAGACAUACAAAGUGCCGCGCGAGAAGCAAGACCAAUACGCCCUUAUCUCGCAUACUAGGGCGACCACGGCCUCGUCCAACGGGAUCUUUGCCGAAGAGAUCAUUCCAAUUGAACUCAAAGGUCAAGUCAUCUCUGUCGAUGAUACUAUUCGUCCGAAUGUCACGUUGGAAUCCCUUGCUUCGCUCAAACCUGUGUUCCCGGAGUGGGGCGAGGCUUCAACGACCGCGGGGAACGCAAGUGGUGUCGGUGAUGGCGCUGCCUUGUGCAUUCUGACUACACGCGAGCAUGCGGAAAAAGAAGGCAUGGAGGUUCUAGGGAAGUUUGUAGGAAGCACCGUUGUCGGUGUUGAGCCUCGCUACAUGGGAAUAAGUCCAAUCUUUGCCAUUCCCAAGCUCCUAGAGAGGCUUGGUCUAUCCAAAGAAGAUAUAGACGUGUUUGAGAUCAACGAAGCCUUUGCAUCGCAAUUCGCGUACUGCGUUGAAGAGCUGAAAAUUCCCAUGGAUAAGAUUAACCCCCAGGGCGGUUCUAUCUCACUGACCCAUCCUCUCGGCAUGACUGGUGUUCGUCAAGUGGUUACUGGUCUCGCGGAACUCCGUAGGCGUAAUGGUCAAUUCCUCUGCACCAGUAUCUCCCCCGGCCGAGUCAAAAUGUCCGCCCAAAUUAGCAAAAAGCGCAAGUUCGUGGCCGAUGGUGUCUUCCGCGCGGAACUCAAUGAAUUCUUCACCCGUGAGCUCUCUGAGGAGGGCUACUCUGGCUGUGAUGUUCGCGUUACCCACGCCCGCACCGAAAUCAUCAUCCGUGCUACCCACACGCAGGAGGUCCUGGGCGAGAGGGGUCGCCGCAUUCGUGAGCUGACAGCUCUCGUUCAAAAGCGUUUCAAGUUCCCAGAGAACUCCCUCGAGCUCUAUGCCGAGAAGGUUCAAUACCGUGGUCUCUCUGCUGUCGCUCAAUGUGAGAGUUUGAGGUACAAGCUCCUUGGUGGCCUUGCUAUCCGCCGUGCAUGCUACGGUGUGCUUCGCUUCGUUAUGGAGUCUGGCGCGAAGGGCUGUGAGGUCGUCGUGUCUGGCAAGCUCCGUGCUGCCCGUGCCAAGUCAAUGAAAUUCACCGACGGGUUCAUGAUCCACUCCGGUCAACCUGCUCGCGACUUCGUUGAUUACGCUGUUCGCCACGUCCUUCUCCGCCAGGGUGUCCUUGGAAUCAAGGUCAAAAUCAUGAAAGGAUGGGAUCCCGAGGGUCAGCUUGGUCCUCGCAAGCCUCUUCCCGACUCCGUCCAGAUUCUCGAGCCCCCGGUCGACAAGAUCGUCUCGGAGCCUUCCUCCGAGCAGCGUGAACCUGCUAUUCCUCAGCCUGCCCCGCCCGCGCCAGAGGAGGCUGCUUAUCCACCACAGGAGCCGGCGUAUGAGCAGGCCCCCUACGGCGAGCAGGCAGCCCAGUUCUGAUUCACUUUCCUUUCCUUUCGCGCGUACAUGUCAUAGUAUGUAACAAUGCAGCUGCAUGCUCUGUAUUCCGGUUCUGGGGUAUCAUGAUGAUAUAUCUUCACAAGCUUGGGUAUACUUUAAGGCACAUCCAUCGAUACACUACUCCCUGCCUUCCCGCCAGUGGGCAAAUCGAUAUCAAGGGAUCGAGUAUCGCCUGCCCACCCGCGAGUAAUGUCGACCUGAAUAUUGGUGAGGGUCUGGGAUGGGUCAGAGACAGUGAUCUUGUCAGUCCCAAAGGAAUAAAUGAUGGCUGAGUUGCCGUUCGAACUGAUGGAGAUGGGGUCGUCUUCAGAAGACAGAAAGAAGCGCAAAGUGCCUCCCGUCCCAUCCCAGAAUACGAUGGACACGGUAUCGUUUUCUUCGUCGAGUACGGCGGAUAUGAGCGCGUCAUUUCGCAAGGUACGCAAAGUAUGUUGCCAAUCUUCGCUCUUGUCCUGGAAGGAACGGAAAUCGAUGCCAGGGAAGAUGGUAUAGGACAAAGGAGCGGUCAAGUCUUGAUGCUCGAUGUAUGCAGCAAAGAGAUCGACGGUGGCCGGAGGUUGUGUCGAAAUGCCGAUCGCGGACCAGUUACCGGUGCGCUCGCCCACGGAUAACGACAGUCCAAAGGAAGGAUCGUCGAAGGUGUAGCCGACAUUGCCGUGCCAAAGCGAGGUAGUGUACGGAUAUGACGCCGAAGAAACGUUCUCGGGAACGGGAAAUCCAUUAACGAAAAUGGGACCGUCGUGCCUACGCUGAUCGAGAACGGAGUAGACUGGCGCAUCCCCAGCGUUGGACAGGCUCGUGACCAUGACACGCUGGACACCGUCUGCGAGGAAGAACCACGUCUUUUGCCAGCUCAGUGCGCGGGUAUAUGGGUUGGUAUAGCGCAUUGCGGCGAUGCCGAUGUUCCCGUCUGAUACGCCUCCAACAAAAUCCUCGAGGCCGGUCCACUCGGCGUUCGCGCAGUUUAG